UGCCUGUCACUGCAGCGUGUAAACAUUCACCCACGGAGCAGAGCUGUGUCCACAGCCUCAGGGUUGACAGGAGCUCACGAAUUUAAUUAAAUUAUUAAUACACGUGAGCAGGGAGGGUGGGGGGCUGUCCCAGUGGUUUCCGUCACAUUAGUACUAUUUAUAUUUAAAGGAGCAGCUGUUCCCCGCUGUCAUUGUUAGGAGGACCGAGGCGAAGCAGCUGAAGCGGGGCUCGUCCUACCACCAUGGCAGCGGCGACUGUUGCGGAGGCCGAGGCGGCGGCGAGCGACGGAGGAGCGGCUUUUUCCGACGUCCAGGGUAGAGGCUGGGAUAUUUCCCAGCUCCGAAAAUACCCUUUCCCAACCAAGCCCAUUCCCCGGCUGUCCUACACGGAUCCCAGGGCAGAGAUGCUCAUAAACAACGAGGAACCGGUGGUUUUGACAGACACAAACCUCGUAUAUCCAGCUCUGAAAUGGGAUAUCCCAUACCUCCAGGAGAACAUUGGAAAUGGAGACUUCUCUGUUUACAUUUCGGAAAACCACAAAUUCCUUUACUAUGAUGAGAAGAAAAUGUGCAUCUUUACAGACUUUGUUCCCAAAUCCCGUCGAGUGGAAAUGAAAUUCUCAGAGUUUGUGGAUAGCAUGCAUAAAAGAGAAGAGGAAGGAGGAGAUGAGAGAGUCUAUUUGCAGCAAACACUAAAUGACACAGUAGGAAAGAAGAUUGUUGUUGAUUUUCUUGGUUUCAAUUGGAACUGGAUCAACAAACAGCAAGCCAAAAGAAACUGGGGAGCACUGACGUCCAACCUGCUGCUUGUUGGCAUGGAGGGCAAUGUGACACCAGCACAUUAUGACGAGCAGCAGAACUUCUUUGCACAGAUAAAAGGCCACAAGAGAUGCAUCCUCUUCCCUCCAGACCAGUUUGAGUGUCUCUAUCCCUACCCAGUCCAUCACCCCUGUGACAGACAGAGCCAAGUUGAUUUUGAUAACCCUAACUAUGAGAAGUUUCCAAAUUUUAAGAAUACUGUUGGGUAUGAAGCUGUUGUGGGACCUGGAGAUGUUCUCUACAUCCCUAUGUAUUGGUGGCAUCACAUCGAGUCAUUGUUGAAUGGUGGAGUGACCAUCACUGUUAACUUCUGGUACAAAGGAGCUCCUACGCCCAAGAAGAUAGAAUACCCUCUGCGAGCUCAUCAGAAGGUUGCUAUCAUGAGGAAUAUAGAGAAGAUGCUUGGAGAAGCACUUGGAGAUCCACAUGAGGUUGGGCCUUUACUAAAAACGAUGAUCAAAGGGAGAUAUGACCAGUGUUUCAGUUAGAGCUCCAAGCCGCUGAACGGACUGCUCCACAAACUGUUUGCAUGUGAAGCGUGUGUGUCUUCAGUACGCUUUCUGUCGUCGGAGCUAAGCAGCAGUGCAUGGCAGCAAUCAGCCAACAUGAAACCAUUCUGCUUCUGUCUCAGAAUGCCACUGUCAUAAUAAGGGUACGGAGUCAGGAAAUGAAUUACACCACUGGGAUUUUAACCAACUCUUAAGAGGAUUAUUUUCUUUCCCUUUUUGCCCCCCCUUGGAGUGAAGACUUCCACACAUAUUUCCCUGAAUCAGUGUUUCCUUAAGUCUUACAAGUUCCGCUUUGGCCUUAAAUUUUGAUAUUUGUACCUUUGAGGAAGCCUCUGUGUUUUAGAUGAGUAAACAUUGCUUAUAUAGGUGACAUAAAGAGAUUUCAUAUCUUAAGGGAUGAAUUUUGAAAUCCCAAUAUUACAUUCGUUUUCACAGAAAAAACUGUUCUUUAGAAUAACUUUAUCUGCAUUAUGUCAGUUCAUACUAAUCUGCAUUCAUUUAUCAACAAGACUCACCAUAAUUUAGAAAGAAUAUAAAAAUCACUCAGUUAUUAGAUGAUAAAGGUAUGAGUUGAGUAUAGCUAAGGGUAUUAAUUUAAAAAAGGCUUUUGUUUGUAUUUAUAUAUAAGAUUUUGUUGAAUUUGCAGCCAAACUAUAAAAGACGGAGCUUUGCAUAUAAAUGUGACUAGCUGGAAAUCUAACAAAACUACGAUAAGUUUAAUGGAACAAAUGAUAAAUAUUAAAUGCCACCAGUUGAUGAGCUAAUAAGAUCAUCUACUGCUUUGUCGUUGUGCAGCUUACAGCACCAUCUAGUGGUCAAGUUUUGGAAAA